AUGCUGCGGGCUCCGGCCGGCGUGCCGGCGGCACUGCUAGUCGCUGCGAGUCGUCAGCGGUGCAUCCGCACCCACAGCCUCCGGAGAGCGGGAUGCCGAGCGGCGACGUUAGGGACGACCGCGCCAAGUCCCGGCCGCAGCCUCGCCGCGCAUUGUGGCAGGCGGGACAGUCGCCGUGCGCGCCGCGGCUCGGUGUGGGCGGACCGGCCCCGGGGGUGGGCGGGGCCGGGGCCACAUCUGGACCCGACGUCAGCCCCCAGCCACAUCCUGGAGGCGCAGGUUACAGGCGGCGGCCGCCGCGGGGAGCUGCGCGCGCGGAGGGGGCGGGGAUCCUGGAGCGCGCACCCGCAAGAUAGAGAGGUCGCGCGCGCGCGCCUGGAGAGGGGGGGGCGUAACCAAGGUCAGACGCAGGCCCCAUUGGUCCGCGGGUCCGCGGCCGGACCAAUCCGGACCGCAAGAGGAGCCUACUCCGCCUCGGGGACUGCGCGCGACAAUGGGCGUGCCCCCUUCGCCGGGCUGGAGGAGGGGCGGAAAUUAAAGCUGCGAGUCGGGCACGCUGACGCACGUCGCCCGAAGGCGGUGGGCCGAGGCGGGGCCGCUGCCAGCCCUCCCCCGCCGCGGGGACCCCGCGGGGUAUUUUCCUGCCAGACCUUUUGUACUGUGACAGCCUGGAACCACGGUGUGGAGGCGAGCGCCGGGGAGGGCGCCCCUUUGUCCCUCCAGCCCCUCCCGCGGGGGGCGCCAAGGGUGGGUGCGCCUCCCCAGGGCUCGCCUCCGCUCCUCUUUCCCCUCCACUGCGAGGUUUGCACCGCGAGGAGGCGUGUCCGCUCCGGCCGAGUGCUGGGCUGUCGGCCGCGCCUGGGGGCGGAACGACCGCCGCCGCACCCACCACAGCCGGGCUCCUGGAGGGCCGCGCCCGGAGACUCAGGCCGCUGGUCCCCCUUCCCCCUCCACGCUCUUCCCUUGCUGAGCUCCGGACCCUCGGCGGCGCGUGCGGGCCGGCAGCGCGGUCACGGCUGGGGCGGGGCCGCUCCCGCGGGAGGCGCCCCGAGCUUCCCCGGCUGGCCCCCCAGGCGGCCGGGGACCCAGUGAGGGCCGCGCUGCCCUUGAGCCUGGGGAGAGGCAGACGGGCCCGGGGCUAGCGGUUAACCUGGCGGCGUGGGUGUCGUGCCCACCGCCGCCGCUCCGGGCUCGCAGGAGUGGACUACGUGCUGGGCGGCCGGCGCGCUGUUCAGGGAACGCGGGGCCCCUUCCUCCCCCUCCCCGCCCCAGGCCCGCUGCCAACUUCUCUAGGCUGCCCCUCUCCCACCGCGGUCGGGGAGGCUUCAAACGCUGCCAGCUGCGAGGACCCCGCCCUCCGCGCCCCACCCGCCCACUGUCGAACCUCCCGAAGGAAAUGCUCGGCGGCGCCCGGCUCCCGUCUUCCCACCCGGGCCCCGCCAGCUCGCCCUCGCCUCUCAGCGGCGCCCGCACUCUCCCCCACCCCCCUCCUUCCUCGUCUUUCUCCUCCGAGCCUGUGCCAUCACCGGAGUGGCCGGUGCACAACUUCCUUCUGCCUUUCGGGAUCCUCGCCCGCAGCCCCAGAGCCAGGGAGCCGAGGCCGGGGUCUGCAGCCCUGGAAUAUGUAUUUGCCUUUAAGGUAACCAAGGAGAAAGCGUAAGGGGCAUUCUCUGGGUUGCGUGUUAUGGUGAACUGUGAACUGGCGUGGACGUCUGAGCACCUGAAACGCGAAAAUCCCCUCUCAUGGAACAAGCCGGGGCCCUCUGAGGAGGCCCCGUAGCCCGCGGAGCUGGGGUGGGCUACGGACCGGCCGGCUGGGUCAGGUCCUGCUGAGAUGGUCUCGCCUCGGCAGGAGGUCAUCCUUCUCCUCCCAGGCAGACUGUGUCGGUGACAUUUAAGAGACUUGUGUUAACGAUGCAGAAUGUUCCUCCGGGCCCAACACAUGUCACAGUCCGUCCCUUGGUUGUGGAUGGAGCGGGCCCUGCACUGACUUACCUGCCGGCCGCCCAGCCCCUCCAGGUCCCUCCACCUGGCAGCAGGAUCCUGCCCCGUCUUGGAGGUGCCGCAUUUCUCCGCCUUCUCCGUGACCCCUGCUGGGACACCCCCUGCCAGCAGACGCUCUAACUGAGAAAGCGGAAUCCUGCAAUGGUAGCCAGGAAGAAAAGCCAAGAACGAACUCUGUCUCAUCUCGAGAAAGCUCACGAACCGUGGCUCGAGUAUCCUUUCCAGGAUUUCAGAGUGCAGCCAGCCAGGGAAGGAUGUUCCCUGAGUCCUCAAACCAGGCCAAGGAGAACACCGCCACACUCUGGUCCAGGCAGGCGCCCCAAUAACCAGCGUGAUCACCCCAGGAGGGAAGGCCACCGUUAACGAGCACCUAGCAUGUGGACGGGGCUUCUAAUCUGCCUGUCACAGGCAGCCACAGCUGACCUGGCGUGAAAUCUAAAGCCCCAUUACAUUGUUGAAGGGCGGAGAAAAUACCCAUCGCCAUAAUUAUCAAUAAUGUUAUGGAAGACACUUAAGGAGAUAAGGCAACCCAUGAAGACAGGACGUUCUAUGAAGAAAUUCAAAGAACAAACAAACAGCAUUCUUGGGAAUUGAAAGGGAGGUUGCCAGAACAUUUUUAAACCCUGAAAAAACAAAACUGAAAGCCCUGAAGUGAGGGGUUGGAAGAUAAAGUCGCGGACAUCUCUGUGAAAGCAGAGCAACAACGAAAGCCCCAAAAUGGGAAAUGGUGGGGGGGGGGGGAAUAAAACUUAAAGAACCGUCAGAAAGGCCACUGAUAGCAGAACCUCCAAAGGAAUGACUGUAAAACAUGGCGGGGGGCGGGGGACAGUGAUCGUGAGUGAAUGAACCCCAGAAAAGUCUCCCCAAGUGAGGAACAUGUGUUAGAAGGACCAGGGACAGAGCCCAGCACAAAGCGGAAAAAUAGCCUGAAGUUCAGAAUAAUGGGGACAGAAUGUCCUGGCCUUAGAAGCAAGUUGCACAGAGAGAGGCAGGAGUCGGAACGGCUCGUGGACUUCCCCACAGCCACGGGCAGAAGUUGAAAGGCAAAGAGCGAAGCCUUGGGAAGCCCGCAGGAAAAUAACUCGUCAGUGUUCAGCCAGCCAAAGCAGAAACUCUUGAACAACACAGGUUGGGACUACGCAGAUCGGCUGCCUUGCGCGCACACGGCCCCUACUGGAGCCCUGGCCUGCACCCCCAGGCAUGUGCCCCGACUGGGAAUCGAACCAGCGACCCUUUAGUUGGCAGGCUAAUGCUCAAUCCACUGGGCCACACCAGCCAGGGCUUCCUUAUGAUUUUCUUAAUAACAUGUUCUUUCUCUAGCUUGCUUUAUUAUAAGAAUAUAGUAUGUAAUACUUAUACAAAAUAUGUGUGAGUCAGCCCUGGCCAGUGUGGACUGGAGCGUUGUCCCAUAAACUGAAGGGUUUGGGGUUCAAUUCGCGAGCAGGGCACAUGCCCGGGUUGCAGUUGUAUCCCAUUCAGGGCACGGACAAGAGGCAGUCAGUUGGUGUUUCUCACAUCGAUGGUUCUCUCCCUGUCUCUCUUCCCAUCCCUUCCCUCCUUUCUAAAAUCAAUAAGCACGAUCUUGGGUGAGGAGGAAAAAAUAUUUGUUUAAAUAUCAACUGUGCAGGGGGUCAGCACCCCUACCCCUGUGUUGUUCAAGGGUCAACGGUAUUUUUAAACCCACGAGGGGUCAGAAAAUUUACCUUCCAUGCAUCCUUCCUCCUGGUGGGAAGCUACCAGAGAUGAUGCCUUGCCAGAAUGAAGACGUUCACCCAGAAAGGGCGAGGCGGGUGGUCCAGGAAGCAGACGUGCCACCCAGCAGGGAGGGGAGAGGCAGCCGAGGGCCCCUGGGCCAGGCCGGGCCCGGUCAGAAGCUGCAGAGAGACACUCCUCCAGAAGGUGGACUGGACAGACUCCAAGGGGAGCUGGGUCAGGCUGCGCACGCACAUGCCGCAAAGCCCAGUGGUUGCUUUUCUGUCCUGUGCUCCGUCCACAGGGAGGCACCCAGGCUGACCGGGCGGCCUCUGUCUACCAGGGGUGUCCAACCGUUUGGCGUUUCUGGGCCACAUUGGAAGAAGAAGAGUUAUCUUGGGUCACUCAUUCAAUACAUGGCAACAUGUAACCACAAAAAAAAUCUCAUCACGUUUUAAGUAAAUUUCCUAUUUUGCAUUGGGCCGCAUAUAGCCCGAGGGCUGCCAGUUGGACACCCCUGGGAGCUGGCCAGCCACCCUGGCAGAGGAACAGGGAAGUAGUGACCCAGAGCUGUCACUUAGGUGUGUGUCCCACACACAAAACACACUGUCCCCUCCCCCAGUGGGCCCAACCCACUCUUGUGAGCCUGUGCAACCUGGACGUGUCGGUCAGAGACAGGCAAAGAAGAGAUUGGGUAAAAAUGACAGGUUCGGGACCUCUCUGCAGGAGGCUCCGUGGUCUCUCCCUGCUGUGGUUCUUGGUCUAGAGACCAAUGACCUACAGACGGUUGUCUGCACCCCUGGCCCUGGCCCCACUGCAUGCCCCCCUGCCCCCCGGCAUGAUGGUAGAUGGGACAGAAUGACAUAAUAGCCCUAUUCAGAGAUGGAGGAGGGGUGGAGGGUACCCGGCAGACAGUGGCCGUAGCAACCCUGAAAUCCCGCUGGGCAGGAUUGCCCCAGUCCUGGACUGAGAGUGUUCUUUUUUUUAAAAAUUUAUUAAUUUUUCUUCUUUUUUUUAAAUCCCCACCUGAGGACGUUUUUCCUGAAGACAUUUUUUUUCCAUUGCUUUGAGAUGGGUGGAGAGAGAGAGAGAGAGAGAGAGAGAGAGAGAGAGAGAAGGGCAUCAACGUGAGAGAAAUGCCGAUUGGUUUCCUUCUUGUACACGACCCAACGGAGGAUCAAACCACAGCCUGGGUACGUGUCCUGACGAGGAAUCAAACCAGCGACCUUUCCGUCUAAGACACAGGAGGACGCUCCAACCAAGUGGGCCACACUGGCCAGGGCGAGAAUGUUCUUGAAUAAUCCCGGUCCUGUUCCCUGGGAAGUCCUGGCUAGUCCACCGUCCUAUGGGACCCUCCCCACCCUCGGCAGGUUCUCCCACUGCCAGCAUCCUCCUUGGCGGCGCUGGGGUGGGAGUGGGGGUGGGGCAGCAGGAACGUGUACCCUGCGGGGGCUGAGCAGUGUGUUUGGUAUUAGCGGUGGGGGGGGUGGUCAUUAGCAGAUAAUUAGGUCAGGAGGCUACAGCCCUCGUGAGUGGGAUUAGCGCCCUUAUUAUAAAGGAGACCCCACAGGGCUCCAGGCCCCUUCUGCCAAGUGAGGAGACAGCAAGAAGGCAGCAGCCCACUCGUUAGCAGGAAGCUGCCCUCACUGGGCACUGAGUCAGCUGACACUUUGAUCUUGAACUUCCAGCCCCCAGAACUGUGAGAAAUAAACG